AUGGACAACAGUUUGAAAGCGUUGGUCAAUAGUUACGAGCUAGAGCAGAGCUACUCCCCUGUACGCCACAAGUACAAGUCAGGAGAGGAUCCAAACACGCAUCAAUCAUCUCAACCAACCAAAUUUAUGUCCACCAACGCUUAUAACAACGGCAACAGUUCGCACAAAUAUGUGCCACCACACAGAAAAAAGACCACUAAUGGAUCCAGCGAGGGUGUUAAAGAAACGACAAAGCUCACCAAUUUGACAGAGGACGAGAAAAUGGCCAAGAGACGAGAGAGAUUUGCUGCAAAGAGCAGUAAUACAACGAGGCAACCCCAUGAUUACGGUCUCAUAAGUCGAGGCGAGGACACGCGGUUGAAAGAGUCAGAGACUUUACGAGAAGAAUAUUUUCUUGUCAUCCUACGUCAAUUUAUCAAAUACACAUCAACCAAUACAUCAAAGUCGUUGUUCGAAGCUUUCAAAAGAAUAAAGGACCUGGAUCCAACCGACUUUGCCAAUGCUCAGUCUUUGAAAGCCGAGGCUAUCCGGGACAAACAAACGGUCAAUAUGGAGUCAUUGGCCUUGUCACUUCGAAAAUUACGCGAAAGCUUGUUGUAUUUGAAGCCAUCUCCGUUCCAUAAAAAGGUGUUUUUAUUCUCAAUGAGGAUUUCAUACUGUUGUGGCCAGUAUCAAACUUAUAUCCCCAGUAUCAACUUCUUGCUACAAAACAAGGACGAAUUGAAGUUGUCAAGUUUGGAGGUGGAAGAGAUUGCAAUAGUAUUAAUUCUUCAUUUAACCCACUUCAACAAUGACAUACCUCAAGCCAUUCAAACUCAUUUUCGAUAUAUAUCGAACCGGAAAGAUAUUUUGCAAAUAAUACGCAGCUGGGUACACAAGGAUUAUUAUACAUGGGUCAGAAUAUACAAUCUGGUGGAGAAUUACGCAAUCAAGUCCAUGAUGGGAAUGGGUCAGCGGAUGAUGGUCAACCGGAUGAUUCAAAUAUUGAACUCCAGCUAUUUUACAAUUAAGAAAUCAGUGCUUGAAAACGAUUUACUCCCUGAUGAUGUGCGGUAUGAAGAUUUUGUGAGGGAUUACAAAGUGAAUUGGACUGUUGAUGAUGGAGGUGUAGUUACUAUACGAAGGCGACAGAGCAGAAAAGGAUGA